GCUUUCAUGAUAGACGGUACCCCACCAACUUCGGCCCCAAUUCUAAUCGCCAAUCUGUCAAGGCUAGCAGCCUAAGUGCAUUUUUUGAGUUGUCGGAAAAGGAACCGCCUCCUUUUGUAGGUGAGGCAGGAAAGAACAACGCUCCGUUACCUGAAUAUCAUACUUUCCAAGGUUUCUAUUGAAUUACCAACCCUCCCUGGGCCUCCCUUAUAAAAAACCUACAAAUAAACAAUAAUAAAUUAAUAUUGUGUUUUAUUCCCUCGUCUUAGCCAAAAGCAUUUCUUUUGAUAUCCCAGUAGUCUGAUUCACAACUUCUGACUUUUGAUUUCAUUGUUUUAAAGCAAAGUCUCAACGUCAAAAUGGCACAAGCUGGAGGAGCAGGCGGUUAUAACAACCCACUGAAGAAGUUCAAGUUGGUUUUUCUCGGCGAACAAAGCGUCGGCAAAACAUCUCUCAUAACGCGCUUCAUGUACGACUCCUUCGACAACAUGUACCAAGCUACGAUUGGUAUCGAUUUCCUCUCCAAGACAAUGUACCUCGAGGACCGAACGGUGCGGCUACAGUUGUGGGAUACGGCAGGUCAGGAACGAUUCAGGAGUUUGAUUCCUUCCUAUAUCAGGGAUUCGAGCGUUGCGGUUGUUGUUUACGAUAUCUCAAAUGCGAAAUCCUUCCAAAACACCAAGAAAUGGAUUGACGAUGUGCGCGCGGAACGAGGCAACGACGUAAUCAUUGUGCUAGUAGGCAACAAGACGGAUCUUAACGACAAAAGAGAAGUUACUACGGCACAAGGCGAGGAGGAGGCCAAGCGAAACAAUCUGAUGUUCGUCGAAACAAGCGCGAAGCUAGGCCACAACGUCAAGAACCUCUUCAGGAGGAUAGCGCAGGCACUUCCUGGUAUGGAGGGGACAGAUGCCGCUGCACAGGCUUCGUCACAGAUGAUCGAUGUGAAGACCAACACUCAAUCAUCCCAACAAGAGGGAUGUGCAUGCUAGUAAAGUAAAGCGAUGAUCCAUGAUGGAGGAUGAAGCGUUGGCAAUGGGAGACGAGUGAGACGAUGAUGAAGCAGGAUAUUUCCGUGCAUAGCGAAUGAACAAGCCAAAAGAUGUUGUAUAAUACGAAUCAAUUCUACGAAGCAAACUAACGAGGAGAAGACUGUUAUAAUCGUUACGGUUAUCAACAUAUAGUAUAUGUAAUGACUUUUUUUUCUCUUUCCAUCAGAUUUCAAAUCAAG